AUGCCAUUCAACACAGCCUUGACGCGGAAGCUCGGAAUUCGAGUACCCGUUGUGCAGGGUGGUAUGCAAUGGGUUGGAUACGCCGAGCUGGCCUCGGCCGUUAGCAAUGCAGGUGGACUGGGAAUUCUCACUGCUCUCACCCAACCAACCCCCGAAGACCUCCGCAAAGAGAUCCGGAGAUGUCGCACCAUGACCAAGUACCCCUUCGGAGUCAACCUGACCCUCCUUCCCGCCAUGGUUCCCCCCGACUACGGUGCGUACGCACAAGUGAUUAUCGAUGAGGGCAUUAAGAUCGUCGAGACUGCUGGUAACAACCCAGGCCCUGUCAUCGCCCAGCUGAAGAAGGCCGGCACAAUCAUCCUGCACAAGUGCACGACCAUCCGCCACGCAAAGUCCGCCGUUAAGCUCGGCGUGGACUUCCUCUCUAUCGAUGGAUUCGAAUGUGCUGGUCAUGUUGGUGAGCACGACAUCACCAACUUCAUUCUGCUGAGCCGUGCUCGCCAGGAGCUUGGCGUGCCCUUCAUUGCCUCGGGUGGAUUCGCCGACGGCCAGGGUCUUGCUGCUGCCCUGGCUCUUGGUGCCGAGGGUAUCAACAUGGGUACUCGCUUCAUGAGCACUGUCGAAGCUCCUAUUCACCAGAAGAUCAAGGAGGCUAUUGUCAAUGCCCAGGAGACUGAUACCGCUCUUGUCCUUCGUCGGUGGAAGAACACUUCCCGUCUUUUUGCCAACAAGGUGACUCAGGAUGCCUUGAAGAUUGAAAAGGAGAGCAAGACUGGUGACUUUAGCGAGAUUGGACCCUAUGUUAGCGGCAAGCGUGGUCGCCAGGUCUUUUUGAACGGUGACCCUGACUACGGUGUCUGGACUGCCGGCCAGGUUAUUGGUCUGAUUCAUGACAUUCCGACUUGCGAUGCCCUGCUCACCCGGAUCGAGAAGGAGGCCCUGGAAGCCAUGAGCCGGACCAGGUCUCUGUUCAGCGAUACUCCCAUUAGCAAGCUUUGA